GCAACACUAAUUAACACAAAUGAAAUGUCACCUCCUACUACUUCUUCCUCCUCCUCCUCCACUUCUUCUUCCUCGUUAUCAUAUGUUGUUGGGUCUGAAAUUCAUGAUUCAGACCAACCCAAGUCAACCAAACGUCCUAGGAAGAAAACCCAAGAUCAAAACCAACACAGCAAGAAUGCCAAUUCUAGUCCUAAUUCAGGAAGCAAAAGAAGCUCCAUCUACAGAGGAGUCACCAGGCAUAGAUUGACAGGGAGGUUUGAGGCACAUCUUUGGGACAAGAGUUCAUGGAACAAUAUUCAGAACAAGAAAGGAAAACAAGUUUAUCUGGGUGCAUAUGAUAAUGAAGAGUCUGCUGCAGGAACUUGUGAUCUUGCUGCUCUGAAGUACUGGGGCCCAGACACAACCUUGAAUUUCCAGAUAGAUAACUACAGAAAGGAGAUUGAAGAAAUGCAGAAGGUGUCCAAGAAAGAGUACUUGGCAUCGUUACGGCGGCGCAGCAGCGGAUUUUCUAGAGGAGUUUCUAAGUAUCGCGGGGUGGCUAAGCAUCACCAUAAUGGGAGAUGGGAGGCAAGAAUUGGUAGGGUUUUUGGUAACAAGUAUGUCUAUCUUGGAACUUAUAAUACACAAGAAGAGGCGGCAGCGGCAUAUGAUAUGGCAGCAUUAGAGUACAGAGGAGCAAAUGCAGUGACCAAUUUUGACUUUAGCAAUUACAUUGAGAAACUGAAGCAGAAAGGCAUCCAUAUUGUUCUUGAUCAUUUACAAGAACCAGUUGCCAACUGCUCCUCCGAGUCCGAAGAAGCCGAAGCUGAACAACUUCCCCAACAACAACAGGAACAACGAGAAAUAGCAUCUUCAGAACCACAAGCAAUAACUCUUCAAGAUUGCUCAUGCGAGGAGAAUUUUGCAAUGGUGCCUCUAAUGGACUCGGAUGAACUCACGUGGAGCUUCUGUAUGGAACCGGGGUUCACCCCGCUGCCAGUUCCCGAGUUUCCUCUAGAAACACUGGGCGAGUUUGCCAGUUUGUUCGAUGAAAGUAUCGGUUUUGAGGACAACAUUCUUGACCUGAUAUUUGACAGGAAUGGCGAUGAGGCGAACCCGGGUUGUGUUGUGGACAAUGAUGAUAAAGAGAGGUUGAGCUCCUCAUCGUCUUCUUCAACAACCUCAGUUUUCUCGUAACUAUACUGUUCGAAAAGAGGAAGGGGAGUUGGGGAUUCUUGGAUAGUAUUGUUAAUUUUGAGUUUCUGUUGGUUUGUGGGUUUCUUUUGGCCUCUUUUUCU